CAGUGAUUUUGUUGCCAGGGGGAGGACUAUACCAGCGGGAUUUUCCCAAUAAAUGUGGAUUUCUGGAAGUUACAUGAUGACAAUGAUGAUAAUAAUGAUGAUGAUUAUGAUAAAUAGACUACAACAGUACAACUGACAGCAGCAGCAAAUGUACAGGAGCAUGUACAGUAGCAGCAGGAAUCAUAGUAGUAGUAUAUAACAGAUGAAAUGAUGUAACAGCAGUAGCAUCAGUAAUAUUUCUGUUACUAUUAGUAAAAGUUGUGAUGUGAUAGCUACAUCAGUGGCAGCAACAGUACUGUGCGGGCCAAGUAUCUCUUAGCCAAAUAUAUUAUUUUCUGGUUAGUUUUUGUUGUUGUUGUGGAAAGCCUGACAACACUGGUCUGUUGCAGUUCUCUCUUCAGUGCUGGCUAAAGCUGCCUACUACUGCUGUUCUGCUUUCAACCUCUGGAGAGAGCUAACGGUCACUGUUGCACUUGGUGAGACCAUGCACCAAAAACAGACAAUACAAUACACACUUCUAGAACCCAAAAGUUUUGUUUUUCCUGUAUGCAGUUGAAUUUUAAAUCUGACGAGUUUUCAUGGUAAAGAACUGAUCUUAUUUUGUUUAGGUGAGAUUGUGGUCUUCCUUUAGACUGAACUCAAGUCAUUUCUAUAUUAAAGAUGUGUUGUGAUAUUCAUCAUAUCAAAGGUGGGAUGAAAUGACUGGGACAUAAUCACACAUUGUAACACUUAACUCUGGUAUACACAUUUGACAGAAUGAAUCUCAAAUGAUUCUUUUGUUCUUGCAUUAAUAUAACAGUUGCCAAUUGUACGGCUUCAACCAUACUGUUGUUUGCAUGAAGUAUAAUGUAUGUAUGGUAGAAUUACAUUUACAAUUGUGUUACAUUAGACCAGAUACGUUAUUGAUCCCCAUCUUGCACUCUGCUACUGCAGAAAGGCCAGCAGCCUCCAGAGAGUGUACCGGAACUCUUUGUCCUUUCUCUGUGUUCACAUCUUUUCUCUUCCUCUUCAUCACCUUCUUUCAACCCCCUUACCUCCUCCGAUCUACUCCCCUUAUUUCAUUUCCCCCCUCAUUUAUUCACUCUCUACCCCGCCUGAGCCCCCCCCCCCUCUUUUUCUGUGCAUCCCUCUAUCUAUCUCCUCUCUCUCUAUCCAUAUGUUUAGCUUGUCUCUUUCCGUGUCCUCAAUAAGGUGUCUGCCGUGCAGUAUGAGCCGGGGGAAUGAGUGGGGCUCGCAGAAUGCAAGAGUUAAAAUACUUCAGGGAUGGAGCUACGUUGGUGAUUUCAUUGGAUGGUUUGAAUUGGCUUACUAAAAGGAGAUGCAGUGACAAAGGAAUCAAGAAAAGGAAUGAAGAGCUCCAGCUGUUGAUAUCCUCAGGUCAGAUGAUCCAGGCCGAUGAAGAGCUGCAGGCGAUCACCUGCAUCCUGGAUCAAAGAGGAAGUGCAGCCCCUCAGUUAUGGAGGAACAGCGACUGCAGAUCAAGUUUGGUAACGCGGCCUCUGCCCUUCUCUACCUCCCCUCGACAUUGCUGUGUUCCGGAGGAGCCCCCACAUCAUUCAACGCUCGCUUCUUUUGUCUCAGAGCACCCAAAGGAGGCCCCGUGGACAAGACUUAUUUUAAAUAUGCAGGACAUUUUCAGUUUGAUCAAAAAGGAUUUAAACAUUAUGACUCAGCAGGACACUGUUACAACGGAUCAGCAGAAUAGGUUCAUCAUUUUCUGUGAUCAGGACAUACCACUACAACGUUUUGGUGACAUUUGCUACACUGAGGAUUGUGGGACAUCUAAAGGGGAUACUGGUUGGCAUAUCAGCGAUAACAACUCCACUGCCCACGGUCCCAACACCAACAACUCUAAUGGGAAUCAACAUGAACUGGUUAUCAGAGACAAUUUUAACAAUCUUAAAAGUCUUCAGAAAUCCUGUCAAAUCUACGACGCUCCAGGAGUAUUGUCUGGGAGGGACACAAAUCUGAAAAAGAGGAAGAGUGUGUCCUUUAAUGAUGAUGUCAUGGUCUACCUGUUUGAUCAGGAGAGUCCCAUCGUGGAACUGCACUCUGAAGCCUGCACAUCUCUGCCAGAUGUCACAUUGGAAGACAGUGGUACUAUAUUGAAGGAUGAUGAUACCAGUGAGUCUGCAUGUUUUAUCCUAUUAACUACACACUGUGCAUACUUAACAUUACUGCUGACCAUUCUGCAGUAGUGAAAAUAAGUUAAUUUACUCAAGUACUACUUAAGUAACAUUUGAGGUACUUUACUUCAUUUCAUACCACUUAAAAAAAUAUUUGAUGUUUUACUCAACUACAUCAAUUUGACAGGUAUAGUUGCCAGUUACAUUAGAAAUUAAGAUUUUUAUUACAAAAUAUAUGAUGAGUUCAUAAUAUGAUGCAUUAAACUACCCAGCACUACAUAACACAUGUUCAAUUAACUCCACCACUACCAGCUACAACAGUAAAAUACUUAGACAUUAAUUCAUCGCUAAUAAAGUCCUUUAACGCACUGAGUAUUAGUGCGUUAUACUAAAAGUAUUAGUUUUACUUUUGAUACUUCAAGUACAUUUUACUAAAAAUAUUAAUUUUUUUUUAUUAUAUAAAAAUUUUAAAAAGCAACAUAUUCAGUGCAGGAUUUUUUACAGUGUGGUAUUGCAACAUUUACUAGAGUAAAUAUGUUAUAUCAUAUUUCAAUGCAUAACUUUUAUUUCAUUCCUCCCAAGAAGUCCCAUAGUUUUAGUUUGUGUCAGUGUUUUGCACUGAAAUGAGCAUCGGCCUUUAAUAUAAUAAUACAUUUCUGGGUGAAAAAGAAUAUUGGAACAAGAUGUCACGACAGAUUAUUCAAAACAUACACAGUUCUGUUGAAUUGACUGUGUUUAACAAUCAGUGAUGUUAUUGGUUGGAAAUGUAUAGAGUUUCUAUUACUGGUCCAGCUUGAAUACACAGAAAUAUACUGUAACAAUAUAUAGUAUAUUUUACAAAAAACAAUCAUUUUGUAAUUUAUUGAUAAAUAAGGUAAUAUUUUGACACUAAAAUGUUUUUAGGCUACAACA